GCUCUGCCUCUCAUUCAGACUGAGCUGUGGACACAAGCAGAAGCAUUCUGUGAGAGUGUGUGUGAGAGUGUGUGUGUGUGAAGCCGGAGUGGAGUGGCUCUGCUGGAUCCCUGCUGAAACUCUACCUUUCCCACAAACACAGAGUCCCACUCAGCAGUCCAGCACACCAGGUCUGGAGAACCCAUCCCAGAGGAGUACACCUUUACCCCCACGACCACUGAAACAGACCCCACAUGGAGCAAUGUGAACCCCUGUCUCCUGCCUGGCUUGGGAUCUGAUUUCGGAUUUCCUCCUUGGGGACGAGCUCCAGGCACUGGAUCUUUUGAAGUAAGGAGGGGCUGUGAGGGUCUCGGCUGUCCCAGAGGGGAAGCACUUUGCUCUGGGCACUGUGGGCUACAAGCCCUCCUGGGCUGGAGGCCAGCGCUCCAGCACCAUGGAUUAUCUAGUUGGGAUUUUUCUCCUGUUGUGUGGGGUGGUGUUAUUUGGAAGUGUGGCACCCCAGCACACCAAAGAAAAUGUGCCAAGACUCAAGCUCUCUUACAAGGAAAUGCUAGAAUCCAGUAAUCUGGUGACUUUCACUGGAUUUGCAAACAGUUCAAGUUACGACACGUUCUUAUUGGAUGAGGAGAGAGGGAGAUUACUGGUUGGAGCAGAGGACCAUGUCUUCUCUUUUGACCUGGUCAACAUCAACAGAGACCUCAAACAGAUUGCCUGGCCUGCCACACCUUCCAAACGUGAUGAAUGCAAGUGGGCUGGAAAAGACCUGGGGAAAGACUGCACAAACUAUGUGCGUGUGCUGCAGCCAUAUAACCAGACACAUAUAUACGUGUGUGGCACCGGAGCCUUCAACCCUAUCUGCGCUUACCUGGAGAUGGGAAAACGAGCAGAGGACAAUAUAUUCAGACUGGAUGUCAACCACUUUGAGAAUGGACGUGGGAAAAGUCCCUAUGAUCCAAAGAUGCAGUCCUCAUCCCUCUUGCUUGAUGGGGAGCUAUACUCUGGAACAUCAGCAGACUUUAUGGGACGAGACUUUGCCAUUUUCCGAACACUCGGGUCACAGCAUCCAAUCAGGACCGAGCAGCAUGACUCCAGGUGGCUAAAUGACCCCAGGUUUGUUGGUAUACACUUGACCCCUGAGAGUGAUAAUCCUGAAGAUGAUAAGAUCUUCUUGUUCUUCAAAGAAAAUGCCAUGGAUGGAGAACAUACAGGCAAAGCUACUAUCUCCAGGAUAGGACAACUGUGUAAGAAUGAUAUGGGUGGACACAGGAGUCUUGUAAACAAAUGGACAACCUUCCUGAAAGCCAAGCUAACCUGCUCAGUGCCCGGCCUUAAUGGCAUAGACACACAUUUUGAUGAGCUGCAGGACGUUUUUCUAAUGAGUGCUAAAGACCCAAAGAAUCCAGUGAUCUAUGCUGUGUUUACUACAUCCAGUAAUAUCUUCCGUGGAUCAGCUAUCUGCAUGUAUAGUAUGGCAGACAUCCGAAGGGUAUUUCUAGGUCCAUAUGCCCACAGGGAUGGGCCAAACUACCAGUGGGUUCCCUUUCAGGGCAGAGUGCCAUACCCCCGUCCUGGCACAUGUCCCAGCAAAACAUUCGGAGGCUUUGACUCUACCAAAGACUUGCCAGAUGAUGUAAUUACAUUUGCACGUCUGCACCCAGCCAUGUAUAACCCAGUGCAACCAAUGGGGGGGAAGCCCAUUGUGGUGCGCACAAACGUGGAAUACCAAUUCACUCAGCUGGUGGUGGACCGUGUUGAAGCAGAGGAUGGCCAGUAUGAUGUCAUGUUCAUCGGCACAGAUUUAGGGACCGUUCUGAAGGUGGUGACCAUUCCCAGGGAAAGCUGGCAUGAUCUGGAGGAAGUGGUGCUGGAAGAGAUGACUGUGUUCAGGGAGCCAACACCCAUUACUGCCAUGGAACUCUCCACUAAACAACAACAGCUGUACCUGGGUUCAGAUUUAGGCAUAUCCCAGAUGCCCCUCCACCGCUGUGAGGUGUACGGGAAGGCAUGUGCAGAGUGCUGCCUUGCAAGAGAUCCAUAUUGUGCCUGGGAUGGGACAGAGUGCUCUAGAUAUUUCCCAACUGCUAAGAGGAGAACAAGACGUCAAGACAUCAGAAACGGAGAUCCUCUCUCCCAGUGCUCAGAUGUGCACCACAAUGAUGAUCUGGAGGGAUACAGUAGUGUGGAGGAGAGAAGUGUGUAUGGUGUAGAGAACAGCAGUAUGUUUCUGGAAUGCAGCCCAAAGUCCCAGAGAGCUCUGAUUUAUUGGCAGCUACAGAGACCAAAUGACGAACGUAAACAUGAGAUUAUGGUUGAUGAGAGGGUAAGUCUUACGGGCCAAGGUUUGCUGAUCCGAAGUCUAACCCAGGCUGAUUCGGGAGUGUUUCACUGCCAUGCAGUGGAACACGGCUUUAUCCAGCCCCUGCGACGCAUUAACCUGCAGGUGAUCCCCUCUCAGCGUGUGGGAGAGCUGCUGCUCCGAGUAGGGGCCAGCGAUAAGGAGCCUACCCCUAAACACAAACUCUGGUACCGGGAUUUCAUGAGUCUGCUGGAGCACCCGGAUCUCAACAGCGUGGACGAGUUCUGCGAGCGGGUGUGGAAGAGGGAGAGGAAGCCGAAAGGGAAGAAAGCUCCAAAAAUCAACACCGGAACUAGUGGGAAAACUGAGAAAACGCCUCAAACAACAGCUCAGAGCUUACAGAACCCAACACUGAGAAACCAGAACACACCCAAAGUGCCAAACAACCCAAGUGUUCAGAUUCUACCAAAAUCAGCCAGCCUGCAGAGGAGUCAAGUCCCACCAAGUACCGUAAGCACUGAGGGCCAAAGCACCAAACCGGAUAGUAUAAUCACCCAGAACACACAGAAGGUCCAGACUGCUUCAGACACCCAAAGAGCACAACCAAACCAGGGGAAGAGAGGUAGCCAGACCCCCCAGAGAGGACCUCCCAACACAGCCAAGUGGAAACAGCUCCAGGAGAACAAGAGGGGGCGCAACCGCAGGACCCAUGAACAGCAAAGACCACCACGCAGUGUGUGAGAG